UACGGUCCGUAGAAUAUCUUGUAGUCUUGUGGCAGAAGUCAAUCAUAUCAGUAUGUGAGAUGUUGUAUGCAACAAUCAUCGUUUUUUCAAUUCUCAUUUCUCUUUAUUGGAUUUGUCAGUCUUUCAAGCCAAAAAACUACCCACCUGGUCCAACAUGGCUACCAUUAAUCGGAUGUCUAUUAUCGUUCCGACAAUUAUGUUUAAAACACGGAUAUGUUUAUCGAGCUGUUAAUGAAUUGGCAAACACAUAUGGACCAGUAUUAGGAUUAAAACUUGGAAAUGAGAAUGUAGUAGUGAUUUCAUCAUAUGAUGUGGUAAAAGAGGCUUUUCUUCAAGAAGAUUUAAACGGUCGGCCAGACGGAUUCUUCUUCAGGCUACGAGCAUUUGGUAAAAGAAAAGGAGUUUUAUUUACUGAUGGAAACACAUGGUCGCAAUGUCGGAAAUUUACGAUGCGAUAUCUGCGGACAUUUGGCUUCGGCCAAGAGAUUCUGAGGGAACAAUUAUCCUUCCAAUCUCUAGAACUCGUUAAUUAUUUGGACAGAAUGAGCGAGCAUGGACCCGUGCAUAUGAAUAAAGCAUUUGAUAUCACGGUACUCAAUUCCCUGUGGUUUAUGUUUGCCGGACGCGUAUUCGACUAUAAUGAUGAAAAACUUAAAACAGCACUCUUAUCUGCUGAUGAGGCCUUCAGACUAAUAGAUAAUAUGGGUGGAAUGGUAAACUUACUACCCUUCUUACGUUUUAUCGCUCCGCAAUUAUCAGGAUAUAACGAUAUGAUAAAAGUUCUUACAUCAUUAUGGAAUUUUCUUGACGAAGAAAUCAAGAUGCAUGAAAAGCACCUGACUGAUGAGCCACGCGAUUUAAUCGAUGCAUUCCUUUUAGAAAUUUCCAAACAAGAAGAUAAUAAUACGAUUUUUGAUCGUGAAAAUUUGUUAGUAUUAUGUCUUGACCUAUUCUUAGCUGGAUCAAAGACAACUUCUGACACUCUAGCGAAUGCAUUUCUUUACUUAUCAUUAAAUACCAAAUGGAUAACGGUACUUCAAGAGGAAUUGUAUAGCGUCGUUGGUAAAUCGAGAGCUCCUAUUGAGAACGAUUUGCCAUCUUUGCCACAAAUGGAAGCUUUCUUAGCUGAGAUGCAGAGAUAUUUAGUAUUGGCACCGCUCGGUGUACCUCAUAGAGCCAUGAAAGAUGUUUCUCUCAACGGAUAUCUGAUACCCAAGGACUCGACUAUUCUUUUUAACUUGUAUAGCGUCCAUUACGACGAGAAGUACUGGGACAAACCAAACGAAUUUCGUCCGCAACGAUUUUUAGACAAAGAGGGCAAAUUUUGUCGGCAAAAUUAUAGUAUGCCUUUUGGAUUAGGUAAAAGACGUUGUCUUGGUGAGCAGCUUGCACGUUCUUCAUUGUUUUUGUACUUCUCUCAUAUUGUACAAUGUUUUAAUAUGGAACUCUCGGCCGAGCAUGCCAAACCAGAUCUAGAGGGCUGUGAUGGCUUUACCAUAGAGCCAAAACCGUAUUACCUUAAGCUCACGAAAAGAUUGGAUGUGAAAUACUAAAACGAUCACCACGUGGCGUACGCAAGCACAUGGCGAUACAUUUGGACUUCUACGAAACAGGCGAAUUUCGUUGAACUCGUAAAACAACGCGUAAAAGUAAGACUUUCAUGGCGUAAAAUCAAUAAACGUCAUUUGCCGCACCAUACACGUGCAGAAUUUAUCCGGAAAUGGAUAUUUUAUCAAACGGAUAUUUAAUCUACUAUUUGCUACAUAUAACUAAAAAGUAUGUAAAUUAUAUAAUAAUUAUGCUACAUACUUUGCAUAAACGACAGUAUGUGUAAUGAGGCUUUUGUCAAAUAAAAUAGCUUUUAGGCUUUUAAGCGUCUUUAUAUUUGCGAAUAAUGAAUUAACAUAUUAUUGAAAAAGUAAUUGAAAUAAAUGAUUGUAAAUCUUUGCAUUUCUUCAACAAUAA